UACACACGCUGUGACUGCAUGAGAGCAGAACAGGAUCUCUGAACAUGUCAAAGCAAACAGGACAUAAAAAAUCUUCUUCAGAAAGAGGUCCCGAUGUCGCCAUUUCCUCAACAGACGCCGGGUUUAGUUUUAACUUCCUCCUUCAGUUCCUCCUUCACCAUCAGCUUCUCCAGUCCAACGACAAUGAAGUUCCUACUGACACUGGUGAUCUUCUCUGCACUUUUCUCUGGAGUGCUGUCGCUGACGUGUCUUUACGGCUUUAAUGAUCAAUGUAUUAAGAUUGACUGUCCAGACCAGUGUGCCAGUCUAACUGCGUUGACAAUAAACAAUGGCAACAAUAUGAGCGGUGUUUUAAAGACUUGUGCAGUACCGGACAUUUGUUCACAUGGGACUGUAAACCUGGGAGAAUUAGUAGUAACCAUCAAUACCUUGUGCUGCAACACUACAUUAUGCAACAAUGAAACACUGCCAGUUCUUCCGGUUCCUUUGCCCAACGGGAGGAUCUGUUACACCUGUUUCAAUAAUAACUGCACACAAACAGUGCACUGUGGAGGAAAUGAAGACAGGUGUAUUACUGGGACAGCCUCUCAUUUAGACACUACAGUGACCAUGAAAGGAUGUGUAGGUAAAUCUUUCUGCAGUAAUUUUCAAUCAUACUUCUCAGUGGGACAUAUGAAUGCAAGUGUUCAGUGUUGUGAAGAGAACCUGUGUAACAGUGCUGAGAUCUUCACCCUGAGUUUCCUCCUCAUGAUCGUCUCUCUACAGUCCUCCAUGAUCUUCUCCUGAACACUGAUCGAGUAGCUCACUAAAAACAGCAUGCAGAAGACAUUUUAUUUCAUUUAAGCUUCACCUCUGCUGUAUUGCAUCAUCACAUAUAACAUAUUCGUCAUCUGUAUUUUACUGAGCUUUUCAUUGUCUGUAGUCUCUUUAUAUCACUUUAGACUUGGAUAUUGAUCGUUUUAUCCCACUUUGUUAAUCUGCAAGAAAUAAACUGAUGCAUAUUCA